UAGACUUAAAAGGAUCUACAGUGCCUCACAACCUGCUCUUCUCUAUGAGUGUUGAAGAUCCAUCCUCCUCUGCCAGUCUCAAAAGAUGGCCAUGAUCUUAGAAGCCUUUGUGGGAAAAUUGUUUGACAAUCUUUCAGAAUUUAUCUGGGGAGAUAUUUCCAUUAUGCGAGAUGUGCAGGACGAGCUCAAGCAGUUUCAAAGAAGAAUAGAGAGGCUAAGCGGAUAUCUUGAAUCAGCAGAGCAGAAGAGGCAUGAUGACCGGACUAUCAAUAACUGGGUGGUGGAGUUGAAAGAUGUGAUGUAUGAUGCGGAGGAUAUCAUCGAGCGUUGUAUGAUCGAGGGCAGAAUAUUGUUGGAAAAUCAUCCCUCCACAUUAGCGGUACGCGACACCUCAUCUUCAUUUUAUUCCCCUAGCUUCCUCAAGUUCAAGCAUGAAAUUGGUAAAAAAAUUAAAGAACUUAAUGAUAGGCUAAAAGAGAUUAACAAGGAUAGAUCAAAAUUGGCUGCACUAAAAUACACUAGGCAAAGUGCUCUAGAGGGUAGAGUAAAUACCCGUCAAACUUUUCCCAGUGUGAUUAAGUCUGAUAUUGUAGGGGCAAAAAUUCAGGAGGCCACCCAAAGUCUCGUGGAGUUAUUAAUUAAGGAGGAUAAUAAAAAAUACCGAGUUUUGGGAAUUGUUGGGAUGGGCGGAAUAGGCAAAACCACUCUUGCUUCUAGCAUUUACAAUGAUGAAAGGAUAAAAAAGAACUUUUCUAUACAUGUAUGGGCAUGUGUUUCCAAGGAAUUUUCAGAAAUAAAAUUGCUGAAAGAUAUAAUUAGGGGUGCGGGUGGAGAAUAUAAGGAGGAUGAAACUAAGGCGGAGCUCGUACCCCGUCUUUCCUCUAUACUUUCAAAAAGAUUCUUCAUUGUAUUAGAUGAUAUAUGGAGGACAGAAUUAUGGGAGGAUUUGCUUAGAAUAGCUUUUGAAAAUGCAACAGCUAAUGGCAAGAUUGUGAUUACCACUCGGUGUAUAAACGUGGCGAAAAAUAUGAGAGCAGAGAUCCACCCUGUUGAUAAAAUGGAUGAUGACAGUGGCUGGGACUUGCUCCGUAAGAAAGUCUUUGGAGAUGAUGAGGAGGAGGAGGGGGAGAUCUCUACCUUAAGAGAAAUCGGGGUUAAAAUUGUUGAAAAAUGUGACGGUCUUCCUCUUGCAAUCAAGGCCAUUGCUGGGGUUUUAAGGUCGAAGAAGAAAAGCACCAUAGGAUGGAAUAUGGUUCUCGAAAGUGAUGCUUGGUCUAUGAGUCGACUUGAAGAAGAACUCCCAGGAGCUCUAUUUUUAAGCUACGACGAUUUACCCUCUGAUCUCAAACAGUGUUUUCUUUAUUGCUCUUUGUUUCCUGAGGAUUAUCCCAUGAAUCGCGAUGAGCUUAUUCGUUAUUGGGUGGCUGAAGGAUUUGUAAGAAGAACCCAGGGAGAUACAAUUAUGGAAGAUUUAGCAGAGGAUUUCUGUAGGGAGUUAAUCGGGAGGAACCUUUUACAGCCAUGUGUUUUCUUAGCUGACUUGAGUGACCUAGCUGGCAAUUGCUGCACGAUGCAUGAUCUGCUACGUUCCCUUGCUCAUUUUUUGAUACGUGAUGAGAGCAUUUUUCUUGGUGAUCACGAGCAAUCACCUCACACAAAUCCUUUGAGUAAACUACGUCGUUUGUCAAUAGUUAACACAGGGGAGAGACUAGAAGUUCCUGAUGUAAUAAAACAGCAAAAAUGCCUAAGAACUUUUCUUGUUUGGAAUAGUUAUGAGACAAAGAUGGUCGAGAAUGAACUUUUUAAAAAAUUGAGGUUUCUGCGAGUCAUGGACCUAAGCGGUACUCGACUUGAGAGCCUCCCAGACUCCGUAGGAGAUCUUUUGCACCUGAGAUAUUUAAAUGUUUCUGAGACGGAGAUCAAGGAGUUGCCAGAGUCCAUCGGAUGCCUCGUAAACCUACAGAUAUUGAACUUGGCACGUUGUAGAUCCUUGCAUACUCUCCCUAAGGCCAUCACAAAAUUGUGCAAUCUAAGAUGCCUUCGUCUUGAAGGAACAUCAUUAACUCAUAUGCCAAACGGAAUAGGCAAAUUAAAAGAUCUGAACCAUCUUGAAGGAUUUGUGAUCGGGCAUGAUGAUAGAAGAGAUGAUGAGGGGUGUGAUGUGAAGGAGCUGCAAUCUCUCUCCCAGCUGAGAUUCCUGGAGAUACGGAGUUUGGAGAGGGCACAACCAAGCGGAGCUUUGGUACUCGCAAACAGCCGCUGUCUGAGGACACUAUUUUUGAAUGGGGAAGAACCAUCUAUUUAUUCGGAAGAAACGAUCCAGAGAAAUGACAAGAUUUAUAAUGAGCUCUCUCCUCAAUCCACCCACCUACAGGAACUUUGGAUUUGUGACUUCUUUGGUACUGGAUUUCCCAGCUGGAUGAUGUCACCUUCCUUGGGUGUCUCCUUUCCUAAC